AUGUCGAUAGUGGAGGCGUCGAAAUCCGUAGGAGAUAUCAUUUACUGCUGUAAUGAAUCUGUUAUAAGCAAUAAUGAAAAGCCCAUGACUGUCAGUGAGAUAUUGUCGAUAGUGGAGUUCUUGGCGUACUAUCUUUCUGUGUGGCAAAACCACGUUCCUCCCUCCUCAUUCGGCUGUACUGUGAUCACAGUUGGAGCAGUGACACUUGCUGCCUACGUUCUCUUUCCUCAAUCAAAGAGAAUCGGAGGCGUUCCAGUGUUUAACGCGUUGUCGAGAGGCACCUAUGAUCCUACUAAAGAGCCUCCCUUCGUCACAAAUUUUCGUCGUUACCUAAAAAUGGGCCGAAUAUAUGGAUCAUAUGUAUUGAAUCCGUUUCGUGUCGUGAACUUGAGCAUCGCUCAUCCAAAGAUCUUACGAGAGAUGUUACAGAGUAACUACCACGUGUUUGAUCGAGGACAUCCUAUUUUCAAGAUAUGGUAUGAUGUAGCAGGUGGACUGGUAUAUCAGUCUAAUGGAAAGGAAUGGUCUGAAGCUCGCGCCUUAUUCCAACCAUUCUUCACAAUGUCACAUAUGCGUCUCGUCAACCCCCUGCUCGAGGAAAAUUUCGCAAUGCUGAUGCACAAGUUUGAAGAGGCAAACAUCAAACACCCCGAAGGAUUUGACGCACAAGAAUAUUUCUUGAUGGCAACGUUUGACAAUAUUUCUCAAUUGACAUUUGGCGCUAGUACCAAAACACUUGAGAAUGAAGGUUCAGCCUACUUGUCUGCUUUUGAGUUUAUCAUGGUCGAUGCAAUGAGAAUGUUUAUAAAUCAGUUCCGUCUGUUUUACCCCUCAUCAUGGAAUGCUCCGUCCAAAAAAUAUACAGACGCUGUAGCCCUCAUUCGAUCACUUUGCUACGACAAGAUUGACGAGUUUGCUGCUAAAGGAGAACUAGAAGGCUUCCAACAGUCGAUAUUGGGCACGAUACUAAAGAAGGGAGCAAUACCAGCUUGGAUGGAUCGUGAACAUAUGACUACCCAUUUGGUGACGCUCCUCUUUGCAGGUCACGACACCACUUCCAAUUUACUUACGUUCGCAAUACAUUUUGCUGCCACAUACCCUGAAUACCAAGAAAUGAUUCGACAAGAAGCUAUAACCACUUUUGGCAAAGAUGGUCCGAUAACUGUCGACAAGCUGGAAUCGUUGAAGUUUGUGAAUGCUUUCAUCAAGGAAACUUUGAGAUUAAGGCCUAGUGGUCCUGAGCUCGGUCGUGUGACGAACGACAAUGUACAUUUAGAAUGGGAGGAGAAUGGUGAAAAGCUUACGGUCGAUUUACCACCACGAUCAAUUGUUUCGUACUCGAUCUAUGCUGCUAGCCACCAUCCUCUGCAUUAUCCUGACAGACCUGAAGAGUUUGAUCCACGUCGUUUCUUGGAUGACCCCAUUGGUGGCGGAACUUCAGUAUACGCCUUUAUACCGUUCUCAUAUGGGCCACGAAGGUGUCUGGGUGAGCGACUAGCCUUAAUGGAGGCAAGGUGGAUUCUGUGUGACGUCAUGCGUCGAUGGAAGGUGGUCCCAGCUGCAAAUUGGACUGUGAAAAUGGAACAAGCUGGAAAUAUGAGAGCAAAUGCAGUCAAAAUUCAACUUCAUCCACUUUGA